UGUGUACAGAUCAGAAUCAGCGCUCAACUCUCACAGUUACAGUUGGAACCUGUCCGGAAACUUUUCGUCAUCGUCUCCGAUAUCUCGCAAACCCAAGACGCGAAGAUAUAUAACGGAAUUUUUCAUUGGGGAUUUGAGGAUUAUAUUAUGUUUAAGAAGAUACCUGCUACCAAAGUUUAACUCCAUCUGGAUUUCGUAGGGUUUUACCUCUUGUUUCACUGCCGUCAAAGUGACUUCUAUAAGCUUUAUUUAUAUGCGUUUAAACGUUCAUCAUGCUCACGAAGAUUAACGUUUCAGUUUCGGCAUAGUUCUAGUUUUAGAAAGGGUUUAACUAACGAAAAUAAACCUUAUAUAUCGGAUCGCAUUUAUUAACGGAGAACUGAGCAGAGAUAUUGAAUAAUUUAGGGUUUUAGUGAUCUCGGUCGAUAUGUUUAUUUAAGAAAUCGAUUAAUAUUACAUGUUACAAUUGAAACAUAAUUUAUGCAAUAUAUGACAGGUUUUGUGCCUUCAAUUGAUUAUUAGUAGCUAUGUUCCCUGAAAGCAUAGCAAAUUGGAAAUACAUAGGAAGUGACUGGUUUAGACUCUAAAUAACACUUCAUCCAACGACAUUAUUUGUCCUUUUGUUUGACUUGAGGAGAUUGUGUAAAGCUGUAAUAUUUCGACUUUUACAAUGCGCGAUGCAAAUGGGAACUUCAGUCUUUUGCACAGGACUUGCUCUCUGGUGGUGCUGCUGUGUUUCCUGCACAUCUCUGUCACUCUCAUAUACUAUGUUAGAAAUUCAGAUUCAAGGCCAACCUUCCUGCAAAACCAGCAAACGCCACAGAUCCACAGAAAACUGAACGAACAGAAGGUCUCUACAGAGGAAACCAGCCCUCCUUCUGUGUCUAAUGGCACUGAGACAGAGAGAAAGAUGGAAACAUGUCCUGACAAUCCACCUAAACUGGUGGGUCCACUUCGGGUUGAGUUCUCUGACCCCGUCACCCUGGACCUGGUGAGGGAGCAGAACCCAGCAUUGCAGCCCGGUGGGCGAUUUAAACCCGAAGACUGCAUCGCCCAGCAGAAGGUGGCCAUGAUCAUUCCCUUCAGGAGCCGUGACGAGCACCUGAAAUUCUGGCUCUAUUACAUGCACCCCAUCCUACAGCGCCAGCAACUGGACUAUGGAGUCUACGUCAUCAUCCAGGAUGGAGAUGAGACGUUCAAUCGUGCCAAACUCCUCAACAUCGGUUACGCAGAGGCUCUGAAGGAGUACGACUACCAAUGUUUUGUCUUCAGUGAUGUUGAUCUCAUUCCCAUGGAUGAUCGCAACAUCUACAAGUGCUUCAAUCAGCCCAGGCAUCUGUCUGUUUCUAUGGACAAGUUUGGCUUCAGGUUGCCAUACACACAGUACUUUGGAGGUGUGUCAUCUCUGAGCAAGGAACAGUUCCUCAAGAUCAACGGUUUCCCAAACAAAUACUGGGGCUGGGGAGGAGAAGAUGAUGACAUUUUUAACAGGAUUAGUGCCAAAGGAAUGUCCAUAUCAAGGCCUGAUGCGCUGAUUGGGAGAUGUAGAAUGAUUCGUCACGAUCGAGACAAACAAAACGACCCCAAUCCUCAGAGGUUUGACCGAAUAGCUCACACAAGGCACACAAUGAGUAAAGACGGGAUCAAUUCACUGUCAUAUAAGGUUGUUAACGUGGAAAAAGACCAGCUAUUCACCAAAAUCACAGUGAAUGUGGGAAAACCAUGAUUAUUCCUGCAUUUAGACCAACCAAAGAACAGUGAAACAUCAAGGCUGGCUGUUGACACCAAAUGUGCCUUGACAUUUCAAGUCAAAUGGACGAUUUUCAAAGUGGAGUCUAUAUUUUUAAAAGACAUUUUAUUGUAGUAGUUUUUGCCACCUUUGCACAUUUGAUGGUGAAAAUAGAUGUCCGAACCCCAGUUAAAACAUGAGGGUCUUGGAUGCUUCUGCUGAGAAAAGGAGUAUGUCUUGAGCAAUUUGACUGUAGCAGCAUGUAGAUUUCUAAAGCAAAUCUCCUUUUGGUGGGAUGUGUAAAGAAUUGUGAGUUGUGUGGUGUAUGGAAUUAUUUGUAGUUCGUGUUUUUAAAAGUCAAUAUUUGAUGGGCCGAUUCUGCUAAUCUGCAUGCUAAACGAUUCAAAACAAAUUGAGGCAUAAACCAAUUUAAGGAUGAGGAUUUUUGAUGUGCACCUAUAAUCAGAAACCAGCAAAUAUUUCUUUUUGAGAUUUUUUUUUUUUAUUCAUGCUUCUUUUUUUAUUGUAAAAUACACAUCUCAUUUUGUCUUAUUCAUUGCUGUACCAGGUAGUUGUACUUUACAGAGCCUUUAAAAAUGACUUGUCUCUUCAACAGGGAUGAGAUGUAUGAAUGUAAUUUACAAAAUGUACCAGUAUCCUGUUUGCUGGAGCACCAAAGUUUCAGCCAUGCAUUAUUAUAUCUUAAGUGACAAGACAUUACCCCUGCUGUGUGGAGCUUUAAAUGGAUGGUUCACAUUCAAAAAUAAGAAUGAUGUUAUUAUUUACUCACCCUCAUGUAGUUCCAAACCCCUUAUGACUUUCUUUCUUCCAUAGAACACAAAAGGAUUUUUAUUUCCUCGCGCAGUUAUGAAGAUUGCAGCUUUUAAGCCUACAAACGGAUGCAAAAGCACAAAAGUGUCCACACGAAUCAAACAUUUAAUAUAUAAUUCUUCUAAAGCCAUGAAUGCAUUUGUGUGUGGAACAGGCCGAAAUGUAAGUGUAUCAAGUUGUGUGGGGAAAGAAAACAUGUACAUUAUUCUAAAUGAAUCUUUUUGUGUUCCACAGGAGGAAAUAAGUUGGGUUAAAUGAUUUGAGGGCGAGUAAUUGAAAGAACUAUUCCAUUACUAUCUUUGCUGCAUAUGUUUGGUUGCAAAUCAAUCAAAUCAAAUGCAGCACUUUUCAGGUUAAGCUAUCUGGUUUUUUUUGUUCCUUUUGUUGUGUUGUUCCUAUAUUGCACAGUGAAAUUCUCAGAUGUAUGCAGAUUGCAUAAGGGCACAAGUAUAUUCCAGCUCUGUAUUGUAUUGUAAACAGAAAGCCAUUGAGAACUUUGUUGGACUGACCUGUUGAAACUUGCCUUUUUGUUUUCUCUCCCUCUUUUUUUUUUUUUUUUUUUUUGUGCUGGUCUGCUUUUAAAUUUUUGUUUUGAACAAAGAAAACAAUGUCUGAUUAUAAAGCCUGUCAGUGGAAACCAAAAAUGCCUUUCAACUCUUACAGGGGACGAAAUGCAGGCUGAGAAAAUGAAUGUAAUUCAGCUGUUUGCUCAAGUGCAUUUCAAGAUGGAAACUAGCUGCCCAUGUACAGAAUGUGUAAGUCACAUGGCCAAAUGAGCGUUGUUGUUUUUUUUCCUCUGGGCCUUGCAAACUCUCCCAUGCCUUAUAAAAACUCCUUUGCACCAGGAAAGAAAACUACCUCUCUGCAUGGCACAACACUCGCAAACCAAGAGAUUAGUGGCAUAUGCUGUCAAACCAAACACUUAGGCAAAUGAUCCUUGUUUUUCUUAGGUCAGUUAAAGUGAUGUUUAAAAUCUUUUUGGACAAUGGUCUUUCUUUAAGAACCAGCACAUAAUUAAGUUUAAAAAAUGUUUUGUGUGUUUUUCUUUUCUUUUUUCCCAAUAUAGCUGCCUUCACAGCAAAUGUUUGUUUGACCUGUUCUCUAAUUCGUUAACUUCAAAGUAAUGCUGUGAUCAGGGAACAUAAUUGAAAUGAUUACAUUGUGUUUGACCUUCUUCUUGACUUCAUUGUGUUUUGAAAUUAAAGAUGGUAACAUGACCUGUUUGGUCAAAGGCAAUUAUCAUAUUCUAUGGCCUUUUCAGCAGAGCCACUGCUCACAAGAGAGCAGAUAGGCCAUUUUAACUUUCCAUGCACACAAACCAGUUAAGCCUUGCCUAACCUCCUGCUAAUUAAUUAUUGUAGACAGACAGACAGAUGGAUAGAUUGAUAGAUAGAUGAUUUGAUUGAUUGGCUAUGUAAUUCUCAUACUCACAAACUUCUAUCUACCUACCUGUCUUUGGAUCUAUCUACCAGAAGGUUUAUCUGACUAUCUAUGUGACAGUCUGUUUGAUUAUCUAUCUAGCUGUUCAUGUUUGAAUAUCCAUCAAACUUUUGAUCCAUUAAAUUUUGAACGACCUCAACAUGUCGUCUUUGUGUAAAAUAAGGUCUGUGGUAAACUUUUCUUGAUGAUAAGUGGAUGUUUUGUUCUACAACAUAAAUUACACAUGGUCAUACCUGAACUUUUGAAGCCGCUGUGAGUUUUUUUUUUUUAAGUGUGGAAUUUAUAUUGUAGA